AUGGCUCCAAGUUUGCGGGCACUAUCUCGGCAGGAACGUUUCUGCACUGACUCAAUGAAAAAUCUAGUUGAUCAGGUUAGCAAUUACGAUGAGCAAAGUGACAAAAAUUUACUGGAAGGUUGGAAACGAAGAGUGGAAGAAAGUUUUGCGCAGUUUCAGUCGGUUCGUUUGCAAAUCGAAUUGGAGGAAGAUGAGAGUAAAUCUAUUGAUACCUCAUACGCGGAUGAAGAAGAAAAUCGCAGGAUACGCGAUGAAUUUGAACGUAACUAUAUGAUGGUGUAUGGGUUCAUUGUUACUGAAAUUCGCAAACAGAACAAUACCGAUUCCGAUGCAAAUAAGGUUAUCGUUUCCAAAACACGUGAUAGCUCUGACCAAAUGUUUUCUCGUAUCAAGUUGCCGGAAGUGAAGCUUCCGUCAUUCGACGGUUCCAUAACCAAUUUGCUCAAGUUUCGCGACACUUUCGUGAGCAUGAUAGAUUCGAACUCACAGUUGAAACCUGUAGACAAGUUCACAUACUUACUAUCGUCACUCUCAAAAGAAGCAAAACGAGUGAUCGAGUCAGUAGAAUUGACUGGUGCGAAUUACGCAGUAGCUUGGGAGCUACUUAAUAAACGUUUCGACAACAAAAAACUUGUAGUGAAAAAUUAUAUUGAUUCUCUUCUCUCAAUUGAACCUAUGCGUAGGGAAUGCUAUGAAUCCCUAACACGCAUUAUCGAUGAUUUUGAACGAAAUCUUAGCAUGAUACAGAAGAUGGGAAUACCAACCGAUGGAUGGAGCGUACUUUUAGCACACAUGCUGUACGCACGCUUAGAAGGAGCUACACUUAAGAUGUGGGAGCAACAUCAUAAAUCUACGGAUGUACCUACUUACGAAGAUCUGAUUGAGUUUUUACGAGGUCACGCAUCAGUACUACAGUCUUUAUCGUCAUCGUACAAAUCUCGUCGAUCCCGAAUUCGCUAA